AUGUCUUCGACUGAAAGCUCGCGUUCUCCUGCAAGCAAAGACGACAGUCUAGUUGAUAUGGAAGAAGCUAGGUCUUUCAAGACCGAAGAGGAAAAGAAGUCAGAGCCCAAGGUCGACUGGUCGCUGUUGGCGCAGUUCCUUAUUCUUGGAUUUGUGGCAUUGGCCCCUUGGAACUUCGUUCUGGCUGAUCUGCCUUAUCUGGACUCCAAGUUUCAUAAUCACUUCAGUUCAACUGUCCCUAUUAUAUACUCUAUUGCUGUCAACGUGGCUCAGCUUCUACUAAUUUGGGUAGGUAACAAGUUCAGCUUUGCACCCCGUUUUGAUUGGGGUUGUGCGAUUCUGGCUAUCUUCAACAUCCUUCUUGCUGUUGUUGCUAUGACUAUUGGUGAUGGGAAUCCGUGUCCCGAUGAAGGUUUAGGUUUCGGCCUUGCUCUAGUCUGUGUCUUCUUGCUCGGUUUUGGCCAUGCAUUGAUGGAGUCUUCUUCCUUCGGUCUGGCAGCUCUUUGUCCACAAUCUUGCAUGAUCGCGGAUAUGACUGGCGAAGGUGUGGCCGGUUUGGUUGGUUGGCCUAUCAAUAUGUUGCUACAAGUCAUUUUUGAUGCUGGUAAUGUACGUCGUCAGCCAGAGUGGCAGUGCCUGGUUUUUUUCUGCGUCACUUCUGUCAUUACUGUUUUUGUUAUACCUAUGUAUCGAUGCGUCACCUCCAAGCACCCUUAUAUGAGAGAGGUGUUGAAGAUUGAGGAGAAGCGUAAGACGGCGAGUUUGAAGACCCGUCAGACUAGACGUCCGGUUGUUUACAUCGUCAAGGAUAUCUUGCCUAUGGCAUUAUGUGCAUGGGGUACCAUGGGUGUCACUUUCGUGGUCUUCCCUGCACAAGUGUCCUAUUGGAAGUCCGAGGACCCUAGCAAUACUGACUUCGUAGCACAGGUUAUCUACACCUUCCAGGUUGUGGAUACCAUCGGACGUUUCGCGCCGAGUUUGAAGUUCGACAUGCCUGAAUGGUGUUUGAUGAUUUGGGUUAUUGCUCGUCUCAUCUACAUUCCGUUAUUCAUUUGUGUGAGCUUGUACCCAAUGCUGGUUCCAUUCUACUAUGAUUGGUUCAAACAUCUCAUAAUGGGAUGUUUCGCCAUUACUAACGGUUGUGGUUGUACCUUAUCAAUGAUGAAAGGUCCUACUCAUGCACAAGGGUCAUCCGAAGAGGAGGUCUCUGGGUAUGUUAUGGCAUUCGGCCUUAUUUCCGGUAUCCUUAGUGGAAGUGUUUUCGGCCUCAUUGCUAACAUAUGUCUCGGACAGAGCACGGCUUGA